UUACUGUAACAGUAGUUUUCCAACGAAAAAGUACUGUGGCAAUAAAAGUAGGUGUACUUUUGAUCCAAACAUUUUAUACUUUCUACUGAAAUUCUCCAAUACGUAGUUUUAUCUCAACCCACGAAGCUUUUGGCCCAACAGUAGUUUUUCUUUGUGUGUACGAGUUUUGGCAAUAUGGGUAUCAAAAUUCAUGGUUUUUGAUACUGGACAUGAAAAUUGCCAUUGCCUUUCGGUAAUGAAUCUGAUUUCCAGAAUAAAAUCGCACGUGAAGCAGAGGUACUUCCGAACAUCUUCCACUGCGGUAAAUUCAAAAAAACCCUGGUGGGAAGAUUCAUCCGCCUACGAUUGAAGACAUAUCAUCCACGAAAAUCGAGAAAAAUGAAGUUUGACAGCAGGAGUAUGUAUGUUUGAUCUUCGUUUGAGUUGACUGAUUUUGUUGUUAUCACUUUUUUAUUUCAAACGGUUUUUGCUACUGAUUAAACAUGAAUUAAAACAUUACUUGAAAUAAAACUUUCAUUUAAUUAUUUGAAACAUAAAAUUCUACCCAUUAUGACAACACUGCCAAACGCGAUGGAUGAUGCCCUGUUGUAGUUUUUUGUCUACGGUGUCGACUGAGCAUCUGUCAAAUUUCGCUGGUUCCUGAGCUGGUUUCAAAACAGUUAGCGAGUCGGCAUCUCUUCCUCUUAGCGCAACUUUAUUGAUGAUUUUAGAAGCCGUUUUUGAAUUUUGUGCAAUAACCAAAUUUAUUUUUUAGAAAAUGAGCACUUUUGACAGUGAUUGCGCCUUCAUGAAUCUGGAGGAAAUCUGCCGCAGUUGCAUGUCCAAAAAGCAGAAAAUGCGACCCCUGUUUGGUUCCAGCCUGGACUCGAUGCUGAUGACCGUGGCGAAUGUCAAGGUUUCCCCAAACGAUGGCUUCCCGGCGCAGAUGUGCGUCCAGUGCGUGCUGCAGGUCAGCCGUGCGUUCACCUUCAAACAGCAGUGCGAAAAGGCGGACGUCACCAUCCGGGAACAUUUGGCCGCCCAAAAUGCGAACCAGGAAAAGGACGAACCGGAGCCAGAGCUGCAACUCAUCACGCUGCAUCCGGACAGUCCCGGGUUGGAGUAUCGAAUCAACGGAAAUGCCGGCAACGAGUGCGUGCUGAUUCUGCGAAGUAUUAAGAUUCCUCCGGUGGAGGCGGUUCAGCAGCUGCCGGAAGUUGUUCCGGUGGAAGAGCCGAAAACUUUUAUUGUGGCGAAUGUUGAGUCGUUUUUGCAAAGCGAUGAACAACAGGUGGGUGAAGAAAUGCAGGACCAAUCGAGAGAAAUAGUCGAUGGCGGAAAGGUUAUUGAUUUUGAAGUUAAUCGAGACGAUCUAUCCUGUAAUCUGGGACAGGAAUUGCUGGAAGAUGACUGUUACGUUGAAGAAAUUGAGGAGCCUUUUGAGCAGAAUCAAAAAGACGUAAUUCUUGAAAACGAAAAAACAGUGCAACUGUCGAGCUCAGAAGAUCCAACGUCGGAUGCGCGCUUUGAGUGCAAUGUGUGCAAAAAGAAAUUCUCCAACUCCAGUAAGCUGAGGCGCCACUCGCGGACUCAUCUGCUCCACAAACCACACGUUUGCAACAUCUGCGGAAUGAGCUUCGCGGAAAGCUCGAACCUCACCAAGCACAGACGCAAGCAUACCGGCGAACUUCGCAAUGUCGUAGGGAAACCAAACCUUUGCCCUGUAUGCGGAAAACGGUUCAAGUGGACCACUUCGCUGUCGAAGCACAUGAAACACCACACGAAACGUAAGGUUUAUUGGUGUUCGUUCCCAGGCUGUGGAAAAUACUACGUCGAACAGCGUUCUCUAGACAUUCACAGUUAUUCGCACGAAGAUAAGAAACCCUUCUCCUGUCAGUACUGCAGCAAAGGAUUUACGCAAAAGUGUAAUCUAGAAAAGCACGAACGCGUCCACACCGGCGAGAAACCCUUCCGCUGCAACAUCUGCUUCAAAAGCUUCGCCCAGAGCGGUUACCUGAUCAUCCAUCAGCGAAUCCACAGCCACGAACGGCCCUACAGCUGCCAGGAGUGCGGCAAGCAGUUUGCGGCUUCCAACGCCCUAACUGUCCACCUACGGUCGCACAGUGGCGUGCGCAACUACGGCUGUGACGCGUGUGGGAAGCGAUUCUCGCGCCAGGAAACGCUCACCAUUCACACGGCUCGGAAGCACUCGGGCGGCGAGCGGCCACCGCACGGCUGUGUGCUGUGCGAGGCAAGGUUCGAGAGUGCCGAACAGCUGACGGAACACAUGAAGAGCGAGCACGGCGAUCGGUUUUACCACAUGUGUCCGAGCUGCGGGAAGGUGUACGCGUCGAUGCAGAGUUUGAAGAAUCACCAGAAGACUCACCUCAAGGAAGGCGAUGAAGGACAGAAGCUGGGUCAGGCCGUUGACGGUGAGCGAUCUCGUGAGACUGCAGAGACAAAUCUUUCCGGAAAUCAAAUACUUGAAUCUGUUAACUUUACGGAAGAGAACAUUGAUGUUAUUUACGAUUAAAAUAAAUAAAAAGUGCAGGUGGUUGUGUUACUCGUGACCAACAAGACACAGAAUAUUAAACACAGCUCCUGAACAAAACUUUAUUAUUUUAUUUAUAAAAUUUCAUUUUUAGGUCCAAGUUUGUUACAGGCAUACGUGGUGAUUAUUGCAUUCGAUCGUAAUUUUUCGACUUUUUUUAGUCCUAUAUCCAUUUUAACCAAUUUCCAUAUUUUUUAAAGAUGUUUUUUUUUAUUUUCAGGAUUUUUAUUAAAUUUGUUCUUCACUUUUUAGAGCUACUAACAUUUUUCGAUUAUCUAAAACAAAUCAAAGCUUUUUUUCAAUUUCUUCGCAAUUCGCAAUUUUCAGUGUAAGAACGGGCCUUGACCGAUCUUAUGCACCAGGUUCCCGACGAACACGCACUGCCCUUACACCUACAUCUCACCCUUGCUCUGAGUCAGUACGAGCAACACGCUAGAACACGCUUUGAGUGUUCGUGCCAGGCAUGCACACCUUCUUUUCCGGUUACGCAUUUUAACUCGG